AAUAUAUUUUUAUUAAUACAAUAUAUUAUAUAAUUUAUUAUAAAAUAAAGAUAUUUUUAUUUAAAAAUUGCAAAUUUACGUCAAGAAUAUUCUGUGAAUUGGAUUGCCAACAGGAAUAUGGCUCUAAUUAAACGUCCGGAUUAUAUAGUGAGACAAAUGGCAUUGUAUGACAACGACCAGGUGCUGGACAUACUGUCCUCUUUGGGCAUUACUGUCGGCAAUCACACCAAUAUAACAAUGUUGAAGAUUGACUCCAAUUGUCUAUAUGUGGCCGAAGACACUGAUACAGGGCAAAUCCUGGGCGUGUGUUCGGGAUUCAACAUCACGCGAGACCUGGCGUUUGUGGGCGAGUAUGCAGUUGUGCCGAAAUACCGUCGGCUGGGAAUCGGGCACUCAGUGUGGAAACGGUGUUUAGAGCACUGCUCCAAACGGAACUGCGCUAUAUUUCCCGAACCCAAGACUAUCGCCACAUUCAAAGACAAGUCCGGCUUUCAAGUGAUUCCCGCCCGACGUAUGAUCGCCUACUCAGGCGUUCCCCAGAUGUUUGCGCUCAACAAAUACUGCGAUUACUGCGAAAUUGAAUACAUC